CUGUAUGUGGUUAAGUGUCAGUUUAGUUUGCAGGAACUGAGCUGAUGGAGUCAGAAGACGAGGAGGAGGUGGAGGACAGUGAGUGGAUCACUCUGGACACCGGAUUCCCAGCCGGACGUGUGGAGGACAAUCCCAGAGUGAUCCUGCAUUUUGACAUGGACUGUUUCUACGCCCAGGUGGAGAUGAUCCGUAAUCCAGCGCUGCGCUCCAAACCUGUCGGAGUCCAGCAGAAGUACCUCGUCGUCACCUGUAACUACAUGGCGAGGGCGCAGGGCGUGACCAAAAUGACGUCCGUGGAGGAGGCUCUGGAGAAGUGUCCUGACCUGGUGCUGGUCAGAGGAGAAGAUCUCACCUUCUACAGAGAAAUCUCCUACAAGGUCACAGAGCUGCUGAUGUCAUACUGCCCACUGGUGGAGAGGCUGGGCUUAGACGAGAACUUCGUGGAUGUGACGGAGAUGGUGGAGAGCAGGAGGAGGAACACAGACAUCUCUGAGCUCUCCUUCGUGGGCCAUGUCUAUGGACAUGACGUCUCCGGCGUGGCCGUACAGGACCACGUGAGUCUGGCGCUGGGCUCGGUGAUAGCGUCUGAGCUGCGGGAGGUGCUGUUCUCCAGACUGGGCCUGACCUCCUGCGCCGGCGUGGCGAGCAGCAAGCUGUUAGCUAAACUGGUGUCAGGGACGUUCAAACCCAACCAGCAGACCACGCUGCUGCCUCAGAGCGUCUCCCAGCUGAUGAGCAGCCUGAGCGGACCGAGCAGAACGCCGGGAAUCGGUCCCAGGACAGCUGAGAGACUGAAGGCUCUGGGUGUGCUCAGUGUUCGAGAUCUGCAGCUUUUCCCUCUCAGGCAGUUGGUGUGUGAGUUCGGAGAAGCUAACGCUAAACGCAUGCAGAGCCUCGCUUGCGGCGUCGACCUUUCACCUGUCACCCCCACCGGUCCCCCACAGUCUCUGAGUAAUGAGGACUCGUUUAUGAAAAUCUCCACACUGAGUGAAGCAGAGCGUAAGAUCUCAGAGCUGCUGCUCAGCCUGAGCGAGAGGAUGCGUAAGGACGGCAGGUUGCCUCAGACGAUGAAACUGUCUCUGAGACGGAAUGGCGCACCGAGCCGCUGGUUCAGCCGAGAGAGCAGACAGGGUCCCAUUCCCACACACACUGCACACAGGAUCAUUAACGGCUGCCCGGAGGCGGUGCCUCAGCUGGUUUCCAUAGCGAUGAAGCUCUUACACAAACUGGUGGACGUCAGAGAGCCGUUUCACCUGACGAUGCUGAACAUGUGUUUUACCAACCUGCAGGCCAAAACGUCCAACAGGAACACCAUCAGCUCCUUCUUCACCUCCGCGCACUCACACACACACACCUCCUCCACGCACAGUGUGUGUGACGCGCCUUCCAGCUUUACCCAACCAGAAACUCUGUGUGGAACCACGAACACACAGAACAACCAACAAACAUCCUCAUCAUUAUCCUCAUUGUCAUCUCCGUUUAUCCAGCAGCCAAUCAGAGCCGCUUCCUCAGUGCCUCCUGUUCCGGAACGUUCUGAUCCCACACCAGACUCCCGCAGCGUGAACAUUCCAGACCUCCCCCCUGACGUGGACCCGGACGUGUUCAGAGCUCUCCCGCCGCACAUCCAGAUGGAGCUCGUGUCCAGCUUCCAGGAAGAUCCAGUGGAGAGACAGGAACGUCACAGCCAGUCGGCUCCACCCUCGCCACGUUCCGAUGACCUCAUCACACAGCGCCGUGGUGAAUCCGAGGAGCCGGAUGACGUCAGCGCCGCGGAGCGAGCACCCGGUGGUCCUGACGUUCCUCCUAACGUAGAUCCGUACGUGUUCUCCCAGCUUCCCCCGGACAUGCAGAGAGAACUGCGUACAGAGUGGAGGCGGGGCAAACCCACGCUCAAAAUGUCGCCCAAACACACGUCCAGACGCAUCACCGCCACCACGACUCGAGACAAGAGACCUGCGGCGAAGCGCUCUCACAGCGGCAGCCUGCUCAAAUACUUCAAACCCUCAGAUAAACGCUCCUGAAUGUGCCUUCAUUGACCGUCUAAUCAGCAUAAAUUUAAUUUCAACAUCGUGUUCUGUCUCGCCUCAAAUCAGACACGCAUCAGAUAAUAGACUGUAUUUUAUAUGUAUAUAUUUGAUGAGUGGAGCAGAAGGGGCGGGGCUUAUCCUCCAUAGUAAAAGACCCCAGUGUGCGAUUUCAGACGUAUAGAAAUAUUUCACAUUUAGAAGUUUUUAUACGGAAACAGUUGGUUAAUAAAAACACAAAAUGACAGCA